GGCCUCCGUAGCCCAGCCCUCUGGACAAACCUGAGUCCGGGCAGCCCCUCUACCAGUGCCACGGUGGACGGCAACCCUCCACGCUGGCCUCUGGGAAGAACCUUGCCCAAAACCACAGAGCGAGCACUGAAAACAAUCACUUUCCAGGGAACCCCUCUCUUCUACGGCCACUCCCCACGUCCCACCAGGAGUGAGGCUCUGGGCUCCCCCUGCCGAGAGCCCUCAGCCAGGACGACACUGUUAUGCCAGCGGUACAGGCUAAGGAGAAGUUGAAGGGCUGCUGACUGCCCCCUUCGGCCCGGAAACCGCUACCUCGACCUCAAGCCACCCUCUUGUGGAUCUGCAGGGCGCCCCAUCCUGGUGCUGAGGCAUGGUUGUGCAGGACAGUGUGGACGCGGGGGACGCCAGGGUGGGCGUGGCCCUGGAGCCCUUCCUGCACCAGGUCGGGGGCCACCUGAGCGUGAUGACGUAUGACGAGCAUACCGUGUGCAAGCCCCUCAUCUCCCGGGAGCAGAGGUUCUACGAGUCCUUGCCACUGGCCAUGAAGCGCUUCACCCCGCAGUACAAAGGCACCAUCACCGUGCACCUGCAGAAGGACAGCCGCGGCCGGCUCAGCCUGGUCGCCAACCCGCUGAAGGAGAACCGGGGUCCCCUCAAGGUCACGGAGGAAUCAACAGCGGUGGCAAUAUGGCAGACUCUCCAGCAGACCUGUGGCGGCGGCGGCGGCCUCCCCGUCGCCCAGUGGGAGCACACCCAGCCAGCCCACGCAGUCAAGGACAGCCCGGCCACGGCGCUCCUGAGGUCCGAGCUCCACCUCAAGGCCCAGGUCUCCCCUCUGCUGGGAGAUGCCGACGGGAGCCAGGCCGAGAAGAGAGGCUUUAACCCCUGGGGCCUGCACUGCCACCAGGCCCACCUGAGCCGCCUGUGCGCCGAGUACCCCGAGAACCAGCGGCACCGGUUCUUGUUGCUGGAGAACAUCGUGUCGCAAUACAAGCAUCCUUGCAUCCUGGACUUGAAGAUGGGAACCCGGCAGCACGGGGACGAUGCAUCGGAGGAGAAGAAGGCCCGCCACGCGAAGAAGUGUGCGCAGAGCACCUCAGCUCGCCUGGGCCUGCGCAUCUGCGGCAUGCAGGUUUAUCAAGCUGAUAAGAAGCACUUCCUCUGCAAAGACAAGUACUAUGGAAGGAAGCUGUCGGUGGAGGGCUUCCGACAAGCUCUCUGUCAGUUCCUGCAUGACGGGACCCGCCUGCGGACGGAGCUGCUGGAGCCCAUGCAGCACCAGCUCCAAGCCCUCCUCUCUGUCAUCAGGAGCCAGAGUUCCUACAGGUUCUACUCCAGCUCCCUUCUCAUCACCUAUGAUGGGCAGGAGGCCGCCCCCAGCAGCAGUGACACCCUCGCCAAGGUCGACGUCCGCAUGAUCGACUUCGCUCAUACAACAUACAAAGGCUCCUGGAAUGAACGAGCCACCUACGAUGGGCCAGAUCUCGGCUAUAUCUUUGGCCUGGAAAACCUCAUCCAGAUCCUGCGGGAUAUUCAGGAGGGCGCAUGAGACGUGUCCAGUCCAUUGAGAAUUUCUGGGAAUACAGCUCUCAAAAGGGACCUCUUGGUAGCUGAGAUGUCCCUGUAAUAAUUAUAUCUACGUUCAAAGAUCAUCUCUAUACACGGCAGGCUGUGCUGACAGCUGCUAAGAAACCAGCUCUGGAGGUAACUCCACGUAGCCCGGCGUCUCGCCCCAAUGCAGACACAGCAGGGUGGACGGUGUGUGAAACGGUGCCCUUCCGGGGGACAGGGAGGGAGCGCCCGGUGCUAGAGGCCAGCGUUACAGGGAGAUUCUAGAGUUCUUGCAUUUAAAGAUGCUUCCGUGGUGUCCUGCAGCAGUCCCCACAAGCUGUGAGGCAAAAAACAACCCGAAGGAGCCUGAAGGAAGCCAUCCGCAGUUCAUGGCUUUUCUGCUGGCGGGGGCAGGUGGGGGGGCUGCCCGCCCCCAGGGCAGACAGCUGACGGAUGUCCCUUACCUUCCUCAGAAGGCGACACCAGCUCUGUCCCUGGGCUCUGAGUGGACAAGGACAAGCCCAGACACAGCACUGGCAAACCCAGACCCCAGCUUCUCCAUUUCUGCCCCUGAAGAGGCAGGUCCUGUGCCAAGUGAUGAUUCUGCCAGACUCUGACCACGAAAUGUAGCUUCCAGUGGCACCAGACUGUGCAUGAGGAGGAUGCGAAAUGUUCUCCGCUUUCUAUUUAUUUAUUGGGGGGGGGGGAGUCAGGCGAGGGGAGUCAGGCGAGAGGAGCCUGGAGGACCGAGGCAAUCAGGCGCAAUGUUUACAAGAUGGGUGGACAAGCGUAAAUACAGAACCAAGAGCCAACGGUUCUAAUUAAUUCCUUCUGCAGUGUGGAAACCUAUUACAAUGCCCUUGAGUCAAGCACUGAGAUACGUUACCCAAUUAGGGAAAUAAAUUUGUUAAUAAAAUUGCUGAGGUCACCAGUGA